CUGCGCGUGACGUGGAACGUAUUAUUUUUGUUGAAUAUUGUGGCCGUGUCGUUGUUAGUUAUUUAGUUGGUUAUUAAAAUGUUGGACUUUGUGGUGGUCUUCACGAAAGGCGGUGUCGUGCUGUGGAACUCAAAUGAGUCCGGGCAGAAUUACUCGUCGUGCAUUAACAGCCUGAUACGUGGCGUCAUCUUGGAGGAACGUAAUACAGAGUCCAAGUACUUUGAGGAGGAUCAUCUGGCCGUGCAAUUUAAGCUGGACAAUGAGCUCGAUUUGGUUUACGCGGCCGUUUUCCAAAAGGUCAUCAAACUCAACUAUUUGGACAACUUUCUUUCAGAGAUGCAGCUGGCGUUCAAAGAGAAAUUCUCCGAGAUUGCACUAGGCAACGACUAUGACUUUGAGCAGGAAUUUCGCAGCGUGCUGAGUGCGGCCGAAGAGGCCUCAGCCAAGCAGGGCAAAGCACCCAAAGCGAUGCGCUCCUACAACGAAUCCCAAAAGUCCAAGAAAACAGUUGCCUCCAUGAUAGAGGACCCCAAGAAGUCGUCGUCGUCGGCGACGACAGCGGCGAGCGAGAAGCGCGUCAACAUACAGGAAAGUCCGCCAUCAUCAACAGCAGGCUCACCGCGCAGCAACGAAGACAUUAUCCAGGAGAAUCGUCGCAAGCUGCGCGAGAAACUCACGCCCACCAAGAAGGCGGCGCAAGAGUCGCGUGCGAGCAAAGCACAGCAGUCGACGCAGAGCGAGAAGGCGGGCAAAAAGCCGCGUGUUUGGGAUCUGGGCGGUAAUUCCAAGGACGCAGUGCUGCUUGAUCGCUCCAAGGAUGCGCCCGAGGAUCAAGUGCAAGUGCCAAGCAUCCACAAUGAGCUGGUGGGCACGAUGCAGGGUCAAAUCCCCGAUCUGGAUGAGCAGAGCGAUUCGCCAAGCGAUGAAAGCGAUGUUGAUGACUACGAGGAGCAGCAGCAACAGCGUCGUCAGGCGGCGCCAACGCAACGCAAGCCCAAAAGUUCCUCGGGUCUGCUUUCCUACUUCAAGGGAAUUGUGGGUGCCAAGACGAUGACACGACAGGAAUUGCAGCCGGCGCUGGAGAAGAUGCGCGAUCAUCUUAUCUCAAAGAAUGUGGCCUCAGAGAUUGCGGCGAAACUGUGCGACUCGGUGGCCACCUCGCUGGAGGGCAAACAGUUGGGCACCUUCGAUAGCAUUGCCAGCCAGGUGCGCGACGCUUUGACGCAAUCGUUGGUGCGCAUUUUGUCACCUAAGCGACGCAUUGACAUCAUUCGCGAUGCGUUGGAAUCGAAGCGCAACGGACGCCCCUAUACGAUCAUCUUUUGUGGCGUCAAUGGUGUGGGCAAGUCAACGAAUCUGGCCAAGAUUUGCUUCUGGCUCAUCGAGAACGAUUUCAAUGUCCUGAUCGCCGCCUGCGACACAUUCCGUGCCGGUGCCGUGGAACAAUUGCGCACGCAUACGCGACACUUGAAUGCCUUGCAUCCGCCUGCGAAGCAUCAGAAUCGUCAGAUGGUCCAGCUGUAUGAGAAGGGCUAUGGCAAGGAUGCCGCUGGCAUUGCGAUGGAAGCGAUUAAGUUUGCCCACGACACCAAGGUCGAUGUGGUUCUGGUUGACACAGCGGGACGCAUGCAGGACAACGAGCCGCUGAUGCGUUCGCUCUCAAAGUUGAUCAAGGUCAACAAUCCGGAUCUGGUGCUGUUUGUCGGCGAGGCUUUGGUGGGCAAUGAGGCUGUCGAUCAGCUGGUCAAGUUCAAUCAAUCGCUGGCGGAUUAUUCAUCGCAUGAGAAUCCCCACAUCAUCGAUGGCAUCGUCCUCACCAAAUUCGAUACGAUCGAUGAUAAAGUUGGCGCCGCCAUCUCCAUGACUUACAUCACCGGGCAGCCAAUUGUGUUUGUGGGCACCGGACAAACGUAUGCGGACCUCAAGGCCAUCAAUGUGAAUGCCGUCGUCAGUUCGCUAAUGAAGUAAGCAAGAGAGAUAUGACGGAGAAGGAAAGGAGACGAAGACAAGACGACACAGGAUCAGGAACGAACCUUUAUGCUAGUGCUCUAAAUUAGUUUUGCGAUUAGCGCUUCGAUUAUUGGAUGUGACCGGCUAAUAAAAUGUACUUUUUACACUCUA